CUCACUGUCACUCUCAUUCACAAUAAUUCUUCAUUCAAACAUUCUCUCUCAUAUUCUGCAUCGCCACAAACUCCGGCAAUGGCCAUAUUCCGCCGCCGGCAGCUAGUCCUCUCCUUCGCCACCCUUGCUCUUUUUGCCCUUCUCUCCUCCGUUUCAGCUCUAGGCUUCAACCCAGCUCGCCAAUUAAGUGAGAGGGCGGUGAUGGAGCGGCGGCGGCUAGGAGGACUGGGAUCGUCACCGCCGUCGUGCAGAUCGAAAUGCGGGAGUUGUGCACCGUGCAAGGCGGUGCACGUGUCGAUUCAGCCGGGGAUAAGGAUGCCGUUGGAGUACUAUCCAGAGGCGUGGAGAUGCAACUGUGGAAACAACCUUUUCAUGCCUUAGGUUUUUUCUUUUUCGUUUUUUAGAAGUACUUGCUAGUUUAAUUUGUAGUGUACAUAUGAAAAAAAUACAAGAAGAAUUGUUUGGAUGACAGAAUGAAUAUGAUGUUGGAAUUUGGUCCGUCUCACAAUCUGCAUAGAUUUUAGUUCAA